GAACACAAAUCUCAGGUCCUUUUCUUUAGAUUUAGAAUUAUCUUUGGCGCAGAUCUUGGGUCCUGUUCUAGAACAAGCGAUGCAACAACCGGAUCCCACCUCUAAAUGAAAGGCUCUUUUCUAAGUACCUCCGAAGUCAGAGCUUCAUUCUCAUCCUUGUCUCGGAAGAUGGUUCACAAGCAUGACUCCUAAUCGUCUCUCCUUAUACUCCUUGUUAUUCAUCUCCAUCCAACAGGGAAACGAGAGCGUGAAUAUUUUUUACGUGUGUUUUAACGGUGAUCAAACAAGAUGGGAAAAGUCCACGGUUCUUUGGCUCGUGCCGGUAAGGUCAAGCGUCAGACCCCGAAGGUCAGCAAGCAGACUGGUAUACCUCUAUUUGUUGUCCAAAUGAUGAUUUAGAUUUUGGAUGAAAAUGCUGUCUUCAUGAAACCUAGCUUCAGACUUGAAAUUCUGACUCCAGCUGAAAAUUUAGAUUUCGGAUUCUUGAUCAGGAUCUCGUAGCAUUUGGCGUUUUUUAGAUAGCUGCGACGUGACUUUGAUUUAGACUUUUGCGUGGACUACACAGUAGCUUCAUUUCAUCCCAGGAGGAAACACCACCUUCAAUAUGAACUUCUUCAAUCUACUACACUUCGACAGACAAGAAGAAGGCCGCGACUGGCCGAUACAAGAAGCGUUUGUUAUACGCCAAGCGUUUCGUCAACGUAGUCAAGGGCCCGAACGCUAAGCGAUCCCCGAACAGCAACGCCAAGUAAAUUCGAGGAUUCACGCCUUGAAUGCUGGAGCAGCUGGUGGUUCGAAGAGGAUAUGAGUAGUUGCUUGGGACAGUUCCAAAUGCACGAUGUUGGGAGCACAAGCGCAAUGACGAUUUCGGGAGUUUGGAGGUGCGAAGAUCUGAGGAUGCUGAAAAGAAGCUUAGUGUAAAGAGGAUGUUGAAACCAAGCUUGUGCUAAAGCUUCUCGGGGCAAACAACGUGACUCGAUCCUAGGCUUCUCUCGUCAUUAUCGUGUGUGCCACUGCUAUUCACCGUAAAACAGCGUUCGCGGCCUCAGUGCCUCGAAAGUAAACCAAGUAAAGCUGGAAAGCGUGCGUGUUCAACACAAUGGCGCACGGGAGCUCCAGCGUUUUUACCGAUUCUCCGUCUGCCAAAUCAUGUCCCAGGAGGUGAAGUUGGUUAUCUGUUUCAAAUGCAG